AUGUUUGGACUUAGGAGAUCAGUUAAGACAAUAAGCCCUGCCGUUUCAUGUGCUUUGAGGGUGGGUGUUGUUAGGAAUGCUGUUGGAAGUGGAGGUAUGAUGCUGUUGAGGAUGCAAUCUACGACAUCCAAUGAGGUUCCCGCAAAUAAAGAUAGCAAGAGUGAACAGUAUAAUGGGCACAUGACGGAAAAACAAGUUGAUGAAUGGCUCCAAGCGAUUGAUAGUUUAGAGGCGGAGUUCAGCAGUCAGUCGAUUUUAUCGGAUGUUUCGCUUACGCCAGAUGGGAAGGGCAGAAUGAACUUGUUAGAGGAGGCUAUGAAGUCCAAGAAAACCUUUGAGCCUACGAAGGAGCAAAUUGAAGAAUGGGAAGCUCUUAAGAAAGUUCCGAUCCCACGUAAGGCAGAUGAUGUGUUGGAACAUGUUACGAAUAUGAUAAUGAGACAUGGUAAGAAGGAGAAAGCACGCAAAAUUAUGUCGCGGGCAUUAUAUCUGUUGUUUUGCGCUACUAGGAAGGACCCGGUAGAAGUUUUGAAGCAAGCUUUAGAUGAUCUAGCUCCCUUGAUGGUAGUAAAGACAUUUAAAACUGGUGUCGCAAAGGCAGCUGUGAUUCCCGUUCCAUUGAACCAAAAGCAAAGAUAUAGAAUCGCAUGGACGUGGAUAGUAGAGGCUUCUAAAAAGAAAUCGUCUUCGGACUUUGCGGUCAGACUAGGUGAAGAGUUGAUAGCUGUUCACAAGGGGAUCAGUAGUGGUUUCGAUAAGAGAGACAGCUUGCAUAAGACUGCCAUCGCUCAUAGAGCCUACAUCAAAUUGAGGUGA